UAUAAACUUGUCAUUAACUUCAUUUAUUUUUUUUGCAUUUUCAUAUUAUUUCUCUAUAUUAUCUGCUUUUCUGAUCCUUGCUGAUCCAUUUAAAUGGCUUCAAGUAAAUCAAAAGUUGCAAUUGUUGGCAGUGGUAAUUGGGGCAGUGUUGCAGCCAAGCUCGUCGCCUCCAACACCCUCAAGCUUUCCUCUUUCCAUGAUGAAGUGAGAAUGUGGGUAUUCGAGGAGACUUUGCCAAGCGGAGAAAAACUCUCUGAUGUUAUCAACCAGAAGCACGAAAAUGUGAAAUAUCUUCCUGGAAUAAAGCUGGGUGAAAAUGUUGUUGCUGACCCUGACGUUGUAAGUGCAGUGAAAGAUGCAAAUAUGUUGGUUUUUGUAACACCACAUCAAUUUAUUGAUGGUAUAUGCAAAAAGCUAGCCGGAAAUAUAAGGCAGGACGCGGUAGGAAUCUCCCUGAUUAAAGGUAUGGAUCUAAAGCCAGAAGGUCCAAAUAUGGUGUCUAAACUCAUCAAGGAUAGCCUUCAAAUUGACUGCUGUGUUUUAAUGGGGGCCAACAUUGCUAAUGAGAUUGCUGUGGAGCAGUUUAGUGAAGCAACAGUAGGAUACGCAGAAAACAAACCGACUGCAGAUGAAUGGGUGCGGCUAUUUAACACUAACUUUUUCUCUGUGUCAGCGGUUCAAGAUGUGGAAGGAGUUGAACUAUGUGGCACCCUGAAAAAUGUUGUGGCUAUAGCAGCAGGAUUAGUGGAUGGCCUAGAGUUAGGAAACAAUACAAAGGCUGCAAUAAUGAGAAUUGGCUUAAAUGAAAUGAGAGCCUUCUGCAAGAUGCUGUUUCCCUCAGUUAGUGAUGCGACCUUUUUCGAGAGCUGCGGUGUAGCUGAUCUUGUAACCACUUGCUUGGGGGGGAGAAACAGGAAAUGUGCUGAGGCAUUUGCCAAGAAUGGUGGCAAGAGAUCCUUUGAUGAGCUUGAAGCUGAAAUGCUGCAGGGCCAGAAGUUACAGGGUGCAUUAACAGCCAAGGAGGUUUAUAUUGUUCUAAGCCAAAGGGGAUGUCUACAGAUGUUUCCACUGUUCACUACAGUGUAUCAUAUCUGCUCCGGCCGUCUUCCACCAUCAGAUAUUGUCAGAUACCGAGACCAUGUGAACAUUUCAGCCCUGUAGGAGGCACAUUCAGCACUAACCAAGUACCCAGAUGUGUUAAACCUGUAAAUAAGUAGCAUUGUGCAAAGUUUUGUAACAUAAUCAAUUUCAGUUCUCAGAUACCAAUAUAUGAUGUAUAUCAAAGUUAGCAUAAUACGCCAGAUAACAUAAAUAUGUAGAGAAUAAGAAAACUAAUACUAUCUUCGUCCGUUUUUACUUGUCAGAC